CCUCCUCGAGCAUCCGGCCCUGAGCACAGCAGUGCCUUCACCACGACAGGCACCAGCUGCACAGCCACCACCAUGGAGCCGAGCGUGCGGGAGCCGCUGGUGAGGAGGUCGAGCUCCUCAUACCACACCUUCCCUGAGAGCAUCAGAAAGGGGCUGGACAAAGAGUACCUGCAGAGCCUCAACAACAAGCGGCUCUACAUGGCAGUGUUUUCUGCCGUGCUGGGGAAUUUCAGCUUUGGCUUUGCCCUGGUUUACCCCUCACCGGUGAUCCCUGUCCUGGAGGCUCACCCCGACCCCACGCUGAGGCUGGACCGCUACAGAGCAUCCUGGUUUGGGUCGGUGUUCAUGCUGGGGGCGGCGGCGGGGGGGCUCAGCGCCAUGCUCCUCAAUGACCACCUGGGCCGCAAGCUCAGCAUCAUGUUCUCAGCUGUGCCCUCUGCCGUGGGAUAUGCACUGAUGGCCGGUGCUCAGGGCAUCGAGAUGCUGCUGCUGGGCCGCGUGCUUACAGGCUACGCCGGUGGUGUGACGGCUGCCUCCAUCCCGGUCUACAUCUCUGAGAUCUCCCACCCUGGGGUGCGAGGCAUGCUGGGCACGUGUCCUCAGAUCAUGGCAGUGCUGGGCUCCCUCAUCCUCUAUGCGCUGGGGCUGCUCCUGGACUGGCGCUGGCUGGCCGUGGCAGGGGAAGUGCCUGUGCUCACCAUGAUCCUCCUGCUCUGCUUCAUGCCCAACUCACCCCGCUUCCUGCUCUCCCAGGGGAAGGAGGAUGAGGCCCUGCGCUCACUGUGCUGGUUGAGGGGCAGGGACACAGACUAUGCCCAGGAGUACGAGCAGAUUAAGGACAGCGUGAGGAAGCAGGGCCAGCGGAUUUCCUGUGCUGAGAUCAAGGAUCCCUUUAUCUACAAACCCAUCCUGAUUGCUGUGGGGAUGAGGUUCCUGCAGCAGCUCUCUGGUGUCACCUGUAUCCUCGUGUACCUGCAGCCAAUAUUCAAGAAAAUGGCCGUCAUCCUGAAACCAGAGUAUGAUGCAGCUCUCGUGGGCCUGGUACGGCUGUUCUCAGUGGCAAUCGCUGCUGUGUCAAUGGAUAAAGCUGGGAGGAAGAUCCUUCUCUUUGUAUCGGCUGGAGUCAUGUUGGCCUCCAACCUGACCAUGGGGCUCUACAUCCACUUUGUGCCAUCUUCUGAGAACAGCACCACUGCCAACAGGACCCUGGGGAGCGUUGCCAACCCUCCUGCUGAGCCCAUCCACUACAUCACCCUCAUCCCCCUCCUGGCUGCUAUGUUCUUCAUAAUGGGCUAUGCCAUGGGCUGGGGGCCCAUCACCUGGCUGCUGAUGUCAGAAAUCCUCCCUCUGAAAGCCCGUGGGGUGGCAUCGGGCCUCUGUGUUGUCGUGAGCUGGGUGACAGCCUUUGCCCUGACCCAGCUCUUCCUUGGGGUUGUGGAGUCCUUUGGCCUCGAGGUGCCGUUCCUAUUCUUUGCUGUCAUCUGCGCUGGGAAUAUUUUAUUUACAGGCUGUUGCGUUCCAGAAACCAAACGGAGAUCCCUAGAACAGAUUGAGGCCUUCUUCAGGACUGGUCGGAAAUCAUUCUUGAGAUCGUUCAGGAGGUAGGAGCUGCUGGCUGCACCAAGCCAUGUGCUCAAGGGCCAGAAAGAAAAGGGUUGUGCUGAUAGAGAUGGAGCCUGGAGACCUCUGCAAAUAUGGCGUUCCCCCACAAAGGGGAGAGAACAGGCAGCAGUGACUGUAUUGCUUUGGGUGUUGAAAUUGCCAGCUGAAGCUUCUAAGAUAUUCUCACCCCAAGUCCUUCAGCGCUACGUAUGGCUCUCCAGGCAGCGCAUCAGCACGAGGUAUAGGACCACAGAACCAGCAACAGGCUGGAUGUGAAGCUGUCCUGGAAAAUACCAGGUGUGGCUGUGGACACAGAGCCACUCAAGCAGCCCGAGAGCCCCGGGCUUUGGCUGGAACAGAGUUAACAUCUACUGCUGUCCUGGUGGGCACUCAGCGUGUAGUUGCAAGAAUAAAACUGUUUCGCCUCCAA